AUGAAACUGGUCAGGCUGCCUUCCCGAGGUAUCAAAGAUGUCAGUGUGAAUUCUGACGAUCAGGUUAUUACCGCAGGAAAACAGCUGACGCUUCAUGAUCCUCCUUCCAUAGAUUCCAUUGACUUGCCAGUGAAACAAGUUUUGGUGAAUAAGCCAGUGGAUCUGGCUAAAUUCGCCAAGUUGGAUGUCCACAAGGAGCAAAUAUGUUACACAGCAGAAAAUGAAGUCUUUCUGCUGCCUUCAUUUGGAAAAGAACCUCAAUUGCUGAUCAAGGACCAAGGAACUGUCCGGAAUAUUUGUUGGUCUUCAGAUGAUGUUUUUAUCGCUAUCACAUUGACCAAAGGAAAGAUUCUCAUAUUCCAAGUUGAAGAAAGGCAAGUUUUCACCACCCUAGAAUUGAAAGAAGAAGUUAGAGGAGCGGUUUUUGAUGAUAAGAAUGAUUUUUUUUGUACAUUGAGUGACACUUUAACAAUUUUUUCACUCCCCACAUUUACUGUCAGACAAAAUCUUGAUUCUUUACUCUCAAAAAAUCUACUUGCCAAGUCAGUCGUUAAAAUGCCUAGCUUUUCCCACGACAGUAAAUGCAUUAGUGUUCCCAAUGCUUCUAAGAGCACCAACUUGGCGUUGGUUUCCAUUUUACACAACACGAGAAAGGAUUGGAAGACUUGGUGCAGUUUUGUGGGCCAUAAAUUUCUCUGCGAUUAUACAUCUUUCAAUCCUUUAAUAUUUACAAACACGGCAGCUGACUCUGACCUGAAAUUGAAAAGCACGCCCCAAAAUAAUCCAUAUUUUUACAUUUUGGCCACAGGAGGUAGUGACCAGACACUUGCCAUAUGGAAUACUUCGCUUACGGAACCGGUGCUUGUAGUCAGAGAUAUCGUAAAAAGUGAAAUCAAUAACCUGACGUGGUCACGGAGUGGGAGCGUUCUUUAUGUGCUAUCAACGGAUGGAGAACUGUGUAUCAUUCAGUUUGUCCCCGAUGAAUUGGGCAAAAAGUCAGAAAUAAAGAUCAAUGUUGCAAGUCAUAAGAGACUUAAAGUGAAAGAACAACCUCAAGACAAAAAUAGCAUUCCAACUCCGAUUAAGUCUCCAUCCACGACACCUCCAGAUAAUCAAAUUUCGAAAACUGAUCCCACGGCAAAGAUUACGACAUUUGACCAGCCAAACGGCUUAGUUCCCAGUACAAUUAAGCACCAAAUAGAGAAGGAUGAAAAUAACGACGAAGAAAAAAAGAGACGAAAGCUAGACUCGGUAGAAUUUAUUGGAUCUUCUGUUGUCAUCAACCCAUCUAAUUGUUUUUCAAAGGUAAGGCUCGGAACACCAAAAGUUCGAUUACAUUUUACAUUAGAAUCAGAAUCUGACAAUUUAACAUUAGACGUCAAGAAUGGACAGGGAAAUGAAUCAUCACCAACUAAGAUCACACUCUACAAAAAGAUACCAGACAAUACGUACAAAGAGAUUUUUGCGGAUUUUAUACCGAAACGAGUGAUGUUAAGUACUGGAGGCUAUGGACCCUUUUGGAGUGUGUGCACAACAGACGGCACUGUCAUAGUGUACAGUUAUAAUGGUCGGCGGGUUCUCCCUCCUUUGGUUUUAGGAACUCCCCUAUCAUUUUUGCAAAGCAAGAAUCAAUAUUUGAUGGCUGUAACGUCCCUUGGUGAAUUGCAUGUUUGGGAUCUUGAAAAGAAAACUGCUCUUUUUGAUCCAACUUCACUUUAUCCUAUCCUGAAACCUAGAUUCGACAAGGACGUACUAAGUCGAAGUGAAAACUUAACAUUGUGUUCUAUCACUUCCGAGGGUGUGCCAGUGGUGACUUUAAGCAACGGUAAUGGAUACCUCUUCAAUAUAUCAUUGAGAACAUGGAAUCUGGUUAGUGAUUCUUGGUGGGCUCUUGGAUCCCAGUACUGGGAUUCUACAAACACAGGUGACAAAGAUAGAGGUGUUAAUAAUCUACUGGAAAGGAACACCAACGAGGAGCUCCUACGUAAAGGAAAAGGUCAAACUAUUGCUAAGUUCAAUAAAUUACUCAUGAUGAAGGAAGGAUAUGGGGGCUUGGAAACCAUUGUUUCGUUGUCACAUUUGGAGAAUAAGCUGAUGUGUUUUAAAGUUUUAAAGGAAAAGGACAAUUAUCACAAGACUUUUAUGAUAUACGUGAAACGAAUUUGUGAAUUAGGGAUAAAAAACAGGUUACUUGAGAUCUGUGAAGAAUUGUAUGAAACUGACAAGAAGGUUUUGAGGGAGUUGAUUGAAACGUGCAGUGAAUACAGAAAAGUCCAAAGAAUUCUGCUUAAAUACAAUCAAAUUUUAGAGGAUGACGAAAGUAAUUAA